GACAUGUCUAUUACAUCUCCGCGGUGUCAUUUCUUCGAGGCGACAUGUGAAUGAAUAUUUUUGUGAAUUUUUUUGUUUGCUUUUCCCCGGUAUGAGAUUAAAGUGAGACGAGGCGAGGUGAAGACAUGUCUGCGGCCAUUUCCCGUUGUCUUUGCAGGGGUUUGCCCCAACAUGCCGUUCCUUGGAGCUUCUUGUCAGGGCGAACUCGACAUGUUGUGCAGCCUCUUUGGUGUACGCCAGUGAUGACACUGAAGACAUCUGCCCCUCUGAGAGCGGAGCCAAAAAAGAAGAAGAAAGUGGACCCGCGAAGGGAGCAGAUGAUGAAAGAGCGACUGAAGAAAAAGCUGAAGAAGCUGGAGAAAGUCGCACCCGAGCUCAUCCCGAUAGAGGAUUUCAUCACUCCCAGCAAAUGCCUGGAUGAAACAAGGGAACGCAGCAUGCCAAGGCUUUCAUUUGAAGAAAGUGAGGGUCGAGCCCUGCUGCUGAAGGAGUGGAGCCGAUACAAACGGAAGCAGCACAUGGCUGAAAUGAAGUCUGUUGAACUUGCUUUAGAAGCACAGAGGGAGGCGCUACAGGAGCUCAAGUUAGAGUCUGAGGAGCUGUACCAGGCAGCACUGGCACCGGACCCACUUCUCUUUCCAUUUGUUCAUGAAGGCCCCUCAUAUACACCACCGAUACCCAAGUACCAAGCACCUGAUGGAAAAUUCAAUGAUGUCACCAAAGUAUAUACACAGUGAUGGACAGGGACCACAUGGCAUUGUUCCAGUGUCUCCUUGUUUCCACAUUCAGAUCAGAAGCAUCCUUACAGUAUACAUGUGUAUGAGGCAUACAGAUACUUCAGUUCCUGUCACAAUAUCCAUGGAGAUCAUGCAUUGAUUUUCAAAUUUUUGUACAAAGAAAUAAUCAUCAAACAACUUAAAAAUAAACUUUUUUUUUUUAA